AGCUGGGCCGCCGGGCGCCGACUUCCGGCGCGGAAUUUUGACGUCAUUCAGCGGCGCGCCUCGGUAGCGUCAGAGCGACGUCCCUCCGGGCGGGAAAGUCGAAAGUGAGGGGCGGUGACGACUUCUGCGUGUUGAGUGGAUCUGCAGUUGGCGUCGCUCGAGGCUUCGCGCCACUGGGGCCUAGUCCCUAGGUCCAGGCCGAGCCCGGCCUUUAGUCUGGGGCUCCGCGCCCGGAACCUGGCUUCCUCAUCCGCCCUAUCGUGGGGUAAUUCCCUCAGUGUGGAGAACUUCACUCAAAAUGAUUUCCAAAAGAACACUGUCAAAAUCUGAGGAUAAAGAGACCCUGAUGGAAGAUGCCUCCAGAACCAGGAAGAAAUCACUUUCCAAAAAGACAAAGGAAUCUUAUGCUUCUAAUGAAGUUGAAGAAAAUGACAAUGUCUUUGUAAGACUUCUUAAGACAUCAGGACUUGUUCUUAAAACUGGAGAGAAUCAAAAUCAACUAGCUGUGGAUCAAAUAAUUUUCCAAAAGAAGCUAUUGCAGUCCCUGAGGAAACAUCCUUCUUAUCCCAAAGUGAUAGAAGAAUUUGUUGAUGGCCUGGAAUCUUACAUUGAAGACCAUGACAGUUUCAGGAAUUGCCUUUUGUCUUGUGAACGUCUACACGACCAGGAAGCCAGCAUGGGCGCAUCUUACUCUAAGAGCCUCAUCAAACUACUUCUGGGGAUUGACAUAUUACAGCCUGCCAUUAUCAAAAUCUUAUUUGAAAAGUUGCCAGAAUUUCUUUUCAAAACUGCAAGCAGUGAUGGAAUCAACAUGCCUCGACUCAUUUUCAGUCAAUUAAAAUGGCUUGACAGAAUUGUGGAUGGCAAGGACCUUACCACCAAGAUCAUGCAGUUGAUCAGUAUUGCUCCAGUGUACCUGCAACAUGACUUUGUUACCAGCCUACCUGAGAUCUUAGGGGAUGCCCAGCAUGCUGAUGUGGGGAAAGAACUCAGUGACCUAUUAAUGGAGAAUACUCCCCUUACUGUCCCAAUCCUGGAUGUCCUUUCCAGUCUCCGACUUGACCCAACCUUCCUAUCUAAGGUCCGCCAGUUGGUGAUGGGUAAACUGUCCUCAGUUGCUUUGGUUGACUUACCUGUGAUAAUCAAGUUCAUUCUUCAUUCCAUAACAGCCACCAAUGCACUUGAGGUAAUUUCUGAGCUUCGGGAGAGGUUGGAUCUGCAGCAUUUUAUUUUGCCAUCAAUGUUUCAGGCUUCCCAAAUCAAAUUGAAAAUUACAGGAGCAAGUUCUUCAGAAUACCAAGAAGAUGACAGUCCAAACUGUGUUAUGCUUCUCUUUGAUAUCUUAAAGUUGACUGUUAGGUAUGAGAAAAUCAUUUCAGAAGCCUGGAUUAAGGCAAUUGAAAACAUUGAGUCUAAGCACAAGAGUUUCGACCUGGCAAUGAUUUUCAUCAUUUAUAGCACUAAUACUCAGGCAAAGAAGAACAUUGAGAGGGUGGUAAAAAACAAGAUUCGAUCUGGCUCCAUUCAAGAAGACUUGCUCGAGAGUACUUUCUGUAUUCAUUAUGUGGUUCUGAAGGAUAUUUGUCCAUCCAUUCUAUUACUGGCUCAGAGUUUGUUCCACUCUCAAGAUCAAAAUAUAAUUUUGUUUGGCAGUCUCUUAUACAAAUACUCAUUUAAGUUUUUUGACACUUACUGCCAGCAGGAAGCAGUUGGUGCCCUAGUGACCCAUGUCUGCAGUGGGAAUGAAACGGAAGUUGAUACUGCAUUGGAUGUCCUCCUUGAGUUGAUAAGAUUAAACCCAUCUGCUAUGAGACUGAAUGCUGUCUUUGUAAAGGGUAUUUUAGAUUAUCUGGAUAAUAUGUCCCCUCAGCAAAUACGAAAACUCUUCUAUAUUCUUAGCGUGUUGGCAUUUAGCAAACACGAAGCUAGCAGCCACAUUCAGGAUGACAUGCAUCUGGUGGUACGAAAGCAGCUCUCUAGCACCAUAUUUAAGUAUAAACUUAUUGGUAUUAUUGGUGCUAUCACCAUGGCUGGUGUCAUGGCAACAGACAGAAUUAUAUCUGCUUUGACCCAAAGGAGAGAUGACCUGAACAAUGAGCAGUGUACACAGGUGACCUCCUUGCUGCAGUUGGUUCAUUCCUGUAGUGAGCAGUCUCCUCGGGCCUCUGGACUUUAUUAUGAUGAGUUUGCCAACCUAAUCCAAGAAGGGAAACUAACUCCAGAAACCUUGGAAUGGAUUGGACCAACUGUCUUUAAUGAUUUCCAAGAUGCCUUUGUGGUGGACUUCUGUGUUAUUCCAGAAGGUGACUUUCCGUUUCCUGUGAAAGCUCUCUAUGGGCUGGAAGAAUAUGAUACUCGUGAUGGGAUCGUCAUCAACCUCCUGCCACUGCUAUUUUCUCAGGAAUUUGAAAAAGAGGGAAGUCAAAUGACUUCACAGGAACCAGGCAAAAAAUUGGUGUCUCCGUUGUGCCUGGCUCCCCAUUUCCGGUUAUUGAGACUUUGUGUGGCAAGACAACAUAAUGGAAACCUGGAGGAGAUUGAUGGUCUCUUAGACUGUCCUAUAUUCCUUACUGACUUGGAGCCUGGAGAGAAGCUGGAGUCCAUGUCUCUCAAGGAGCGUUCCUUCAUGUGUUCACUCAUAUUUCUUACCCUCAACUGGUUCCGAGAGGUUGUAAAUGCCUUCUGCAGACAGACAUCACCUGAGAUGAAGGGGAAGGUGCUCUCUCGAUUAAAGAACAUUGUAGAACUGCAGGAAAUUCUGGAAAAGUACUUAGCAGUCACCCCGGACUAUGUUCCUCCUCUUGCAAACUUUGACUUGGAAACUUUAGAUGUAAUACCUCAUAGCAAUUCUGCUGCUUCAGCAAAAAACAGAAAAACAGGAAAGAUAGGAGGAAGGAAACGAAAAGCAGAUGGCAGCAAAGCACCCUCCCCUGACACACUUUCAAAAGAGGAUAAUUCAGAAUGUGAUGCUGUGCCAACUGGUAGAAGCCAGCUAGAGAAGGAGCUCACAGGGAAGGAAGGAAAAACAUCAGUGUCACUACAGAAUUACAGUGCAUUUUUUCGAGAGGUGGACAUUGAGGUCUUCUCUAUUCUGCAUUGUGGACUUGUGACCAAAUUCAUCUUAGAUACUGAAAUGAACACAGAAGCUACAGAAGUUGUACAGCUUGGGCCUCCUGAGUUACUUUUCUUGCUGGAAGAUCUCUCUCACAAGUUAGAUAAUAUGCUGACACCAUCCUUUACUAAGAGAAACCCCUUUCUCAAGGUUAGUAAUAAAGGAAACCGGAAUAUUGGAUUCUCACAUCUCCAUCUGAAGUCUGCCCCAGAAGUUGUUCAUUGUGUUGUUCAACUGCUGACCCCGAUGUGUAACCAUCUGGAGAAUAUUCACAACUAUUUCCAGAGCUUAGUUGCCGAGGAUCAUGGUGAAGUUGAUGGACCAGAAGUGAAAGCUCAAGAGCACCACAUAAUGGCUUCCUGUUAUCAGAGGCUACUGCAAAUUUUUCAUGGAAUUUUUGCUUGGAAUGGAUUUUUUAACCUUGGAUAUCAUAAUUUUCUGUAUUCAGCCCUUGAGGUCCUCGCUAGCCGACUGAAGCAAAUAGAACAUGAGCAGUCAUUGGAGGAAUUGGUCAGUCAGAGCUUCAAUUACUUGCAGAAUUUUCAUCCCAGCAUUCCUAGUUUCCAGUGUGGUCUUUACCUUAUCAGACUUUUGAUGGUCCUGUUGGAGAAAUCUACAGCUCCUGCUCCAAAGAAAGAAAAAAUUGCUUCCCUGGCUAGACAGUGCCUCUGUCGGGCAUGGUCACAUGGGGAAAAAGAGAAGAGCAGCAUCUUUAAUGAGCAGCUGCAUGAUAUGCUUUGCAUCUACCUGGAGCACACCGACAAUGUUCUGAAGGCCAUAGAGGAGAUUGCUGGCAUUGGUGUCCCAGAAUUGAUCAACUCUCCAAAAGAUGCAUCUUCCUCUACAUUCCCUACACUAACAAGGCACACCUUUGUCAUUUUCUUCCGUGUGAUGAUGGCUGAACUUGAGAAGACGGUGAAAGGUCUCCAGGCUGGCACAGCAGCAGACUCACAGCAGAUUCAUGAAGAAAAGCUUCUCUACUGGAACAUGGCUGUUCGAGACUUUAGUAUCCUCAUCAACCUGAUGAAAGUAUUUGAUAGUCAUCCUGUUCUGCAUGUAUGUUUGAAGUAUGGACGUCUCUUUGUGGAAGCAUUUCUGAAGCAGUGUAUGCCACUCCUAGACUUCAGUUUCAGAAAACACCGGGAAGAUGUGCUGAGCUUACUGGAAACCUUCCAGCUGGACACAAGGCUGCUUCAUCAUCUGUGUGGGCAUUCCAAGAUUCACCAGGACAUGAGACUCACAAAACAUGUGCCUUUACUCAAAAAGACCCUGGAGCUCUUAGUUUGCAGAGUCAAAGCAAUGCUGGUCCUCAACAAUUGCAGAGAGGCUUUCUGGCUGGGCAAUCUCAAAAACCGGGACUUGCAGGGUGAAGAGAUUAUAUCCCAGAAUUCCCAGGAGAGUACAGCAGAUGAGAGUGAGGGUGGCACGUCAUCCCAGCUCACUAAGAGCAAAGCAACAGAGGAUGGUGAAGAUGAUGAAGCAAGUGAUGGAGAAAAGGAGCAAUAUAGUGAUGAGAGUGACGACAACUCUGAUUAGACCCCAAGAGGCUGCUGCUGUCUUUCCCUUCUCUGCCACUCUCUUACCAUUUUGUAUUCAGGGUUUGAAAUCUGCUCUUUCUGUUUGGAAGUAUCCUGUUUCGUCCUCCAAGAGGGGGUUUAUUUAAUUUGUGAAUUUCACAGAUUGUCUAUCAUUGUCAAAGUCCCUGGCUUGGAAUCCCAGUGAAGCAUUGUUUCUGGUUUGGAUAAAUGUGGCUGUGCUGUACUGCAGAGUAAACUCUCUCAGUCAUGAUUUUGGACUUUGUGCACUAGUUUUGAAACAGAUUUAUUCUAGAAUUUAGGCUUAUAUCACUUUAACAAAUAAAUUCUAAGUUUUGCCUUAGUCA